AUGACUAGCUUAGACACUAGUCUCGCACAGUCAGGGCAUGAGUAUGCUCCUGCAGCGCCCGAGCCUUCAGUGGCAGAGCCAGAUCCAGAGCCGGAGGAGUCGCAGGCUGGGUAUGACUCGAUGGAUGUGGACUUAGGGGUAGAGCCGAAGGAGGAAUCUAUAGAAGAGCCGCCCGAAGAGAAGUAUGAGGAGGCCCGGGAAGAGGACCCAGAAGAGGAGUCAGAGGAAGAACCAGGAGAGGAGUAUAAGGAAAAUUUGGAGGAAGAGUCUGAAUCAGAGGAACGGAUUGAGGUGCCAUUAGAGUCGGGGGAUGAGGAUAACCCGAUCGAGAUCAAGGCAGACUCCGAGUCUUCAGAGGAGCACGUGCCUCAGGAGGAUUCAGAUUCGGAUUCUGGGGAGACCGAAUCGGAAUGGACGCCGUCUACAGGGCGUAAGGGCUAG